AUGGAAAAAAUAAUGGUAGAAAGUUCUACCAAGAUUGCUUUUAUUCUCUUGGUUACUUUCGCCAUUACUAUUCCAUGCCUUGAGGCUGCACAUGUUUUAUCUCCUGCUGAAAUUGAUGAUUUUGUCAAAGCUCGAGCUGAAGAAGCCCAUAAAGUUGCUGUUGAAACAUAUGUUCCAAUUCCUGAAGGAGUUGCUCAUGACCUUAAUGUCGCCGUUCACAUGUCAAUGGAAGCAGAAGAAAACAACACAAGAAGGGAAAUGAGGCAAAAAGGUAAAAAACAUGAUGGACCAUGUGAAGCAACCAACCCAAUUGAUAGUUGUUGGAGGUGCAAAGCCGAUUGGGCUGCGAAUCGAUUUCAAUUAGCCAAGUGUAGUAAGGGCUUUGGAAGAAAGACAACUGGUGGGCUUGGAGGUCCAAUCUAUGUGGUCACUGAUGAGUCUGAUAAUGACAUGGUAAACCCUAAACCUGGAACCCUUAGAUUUGGUGCUGUCCAAAAGGGACCAUUAUGGAUCACUUUUGCACGUAGCAUGGUCAUUAGAUUGAACCAAGAAUUGAUGGUUUCUUCUGACAAAACAAUUGAUGGUCGUGGAGCUAAUGUUCAAAUUAGGGAUGGUGCUGGAAUUACAAUGCAAUUUGUUAAUAAUGUUAUCAUUCAUGGACUUCAUAUUCAAAAUAUUAAAGCUAAACCAGGUGGUUUGAUUAGGGAUUCUUUUGACCAUACUGGACAAAGAACAAGAAGUGAUGGUGAUGCUAUCUCUAUUUAUGGAUCUUCCAAUAUUUGGAUUGAUCAUCUUUCACUCUCUGAAUGUGAGGAUGGUCUUGUUGAUAUUAUCCAAGGUUCUACUGGUAUCACAAUCUCAAAUUGUCACAUGACAAAACAUAAUGAUGUUAUGUUAUUUGGAGCUAGUGAUUCAUACACUGGUGACAAGCUUAUGCAAAUAACAGUAGCAUUCAACCACUUUGGACAAGGAUUGAUUCAAAGAAUGCCAAGGUGCAGAUAUGGUUUUGUUCAUGUUUUGAACAAUGACUAUACUCAUUGGAUAAUGUAUGCAAUUGGUGGAAGCUCAUCACCAACAAUUCUUAGCCAAGGAAAUCGUUUCAUUGCUCCAGACAAUGGUGCUGCAAAGGAAGUCACACAUAGAGAUUAUGCUCCACCUGAUGUAUGGAAGAAUUGGCAAUGGAGUUCAGAAUUGGAUGUAUUCAUGAAUGGUGCUAAAUUUGUUCCAUCUGGUGCACCUAUUAAUAGGAAACCAUUCAAAAAAGCAUAUAUGAUGCAACCAAGAGAUGGAUCUCAUGUUAGUAGACUAACAAGGAAUGCUGGUGCCCUAAAUUGUGUAGUAGGAAAGCCUUGUUAGAAGAAGAAAAAAAUAAUAUAUUUUUAUAAAUAAGUGUGAACAAAAUCACAUGCCUAC